GCCGUGGUAGUUACCACCAAGCUGCCUUUCUUGGCUGAGUCCUUUUUCUUCCCAUCCAAGUGUUGUUUCCUAACCCUCGCCUCCGUCCCCAUCCUAUCCUUCCCUCCACUUUGGCCCGUUGUCAAGGCAGCCCGGCACUGGUUCUUAUCCUUUGCCAGUCCCCGAGAUAAAUCAGCCUUCCCUUCGUUUAUAUCCAUAUCCAUCGCAAUCUCUCGUCCCUCCUCCAUCCCUUCAAUUCGACCAACCGUGCCUGAAUCUGAUCGGCAGUAAUUGGGAGUUCAGAGGGCUCUGUUCACAACAACGCACGACACGGCACAGUCAAGGGAUUCGUUGGUGUUUACAUGCUAUUACGACGCGCCAUUACUUCACUCCACACAUCAUCAUCCACCGCGACCUCAUAAUUUCUCAUUGCUUUACGAGGGUGCUGUCGCGAGCAGUACCAGUCAGCAGCGCUAGCUAUCGCAAGGCCAGCAGCAGUCGCAAUGGACGCUAGACCCCAGCGCCUCAAAGUCCACGUUGGUGGCAACGAGAACAUCAUCCCUUCGAAGCACGAUUCACUCCAUCAGCGACACAAGUCAGCAGGUAACAUCAUGUCUCGCAACGGCGGCGGUCUGCAGGCUGCAGCUAAGCGAACCGCUUUCGGCGACGUCAGCAACACGGCAAAAAACCUCGCUGCGCUGCCUGUCGACCAGCUGCCUGCCAAGGGCAAGGGCACAGAAUCUGUCUACAACAAGGAGAAUGUGAUCAAUAGCAAGGAUGGCUUCUCGCGACCUGCACAACGGGCUGCCGCGCUGGGCAGUAAGAAUGGUCCUGUAACCACAGAAUGGAAGCAGCCGAAAAUUCCGGUCAGAAAUGAUUCGCAGACCCAGAACAAGCUGGUCGCUAAGAGAGCUUCCGCGGCCCAGCUUCACGAGUCACGUCCCUCGAAGAGCAAACAUGUUGCUCAGGACCCCAUUGCGCCCGCGGAGUCGGCCUCGAGCAAGCAACCUCGCCAUCACAAGUCUCAGCCUCAGCUUAAGAAGGAGCCUGUUGCGCAUGUUCUGCGACGUGCCCAGAGCAAGUUGUCCACAACUUCGGCACACUCUGCCACCUCCGCGGAGAUCUGGAAGCCGAUGGACGAUGUGACUGAAGCUGCCUACGAGGACGCUGUCGAGCACAUUGGCAACGAGCAGUACCACGGUCCUUACCACAGACGUUCGUCAGACACCACUGACGCUGGAGACGACCUGCAGAAAGCCAUCGCCAUGCUCGAGGGAAAUGCUGAGAAGCAUUCAAUGGAGCAGCUCGCCGAAUCGUUGGGUGCUCCAACCAUGUCCGAGCCGGAGGAGUACUGGGACGAGGAGGAGGAGGAAGAGCUCUACGAUGACCAGGGCUACACCACUGCUCACUCCUACCGGUCCCGAGGCGACCUCACCACUGGCGGCGCAACUACUGUGCUCGCGCCUAAGAUUACCGACAAGGUCCAGCAAGAGUUGGAGACCGCCCGUGCCAUCGUCGAGAGUACCCGUACCCAGGAGGAGGUCGACGACGAGGUUUGGGACGUCUGCAUGGUUGCAGAGUAUGGCGAUGAUAUUUUUGAGUACAUGCGAGAGCUUGAGAUGAGAAUGCUGCCUGACCCUCACUACAUGGACCACCAGGCCGAGAUCCAAUGGUCCAUGCGCUCCGUCUUGAUGGACUGGCUUGUGCAGGUCCACCACCGAUUCAGCCUGCUGCCAGAGACGCUGUUCUUGACGGUCAACUACAUUGACCGCUUCCUUUCGUAUAAGGUUGUGUCGAUUGGCAAGCUCCAGCUUGUCGGUGCUACCGCCUUGCUCGUGGCUUCCAAGUACGAGGAGAUUAACUGCCCAUCGCUGCAGGAGAUCGUUUUCAUGGUGGACAAUGGUUACAAGGUUGACGAGAUCCUCAAGGCCGAGCGCUUUAUGCUCAGCAUGCUGAGUUUCGAGCUGGGCUUCCCUGGCCCGAUGAGCUUCCUGCGCCGCGUCAGCAAGGCGGACGAUUAUGAUCUCGAGACGCGCACGUUGGCGAAGUACUUCCUGGAGGUUACCAUCAUGGAUGAACGUUUUGUCGCAAGCCCGCCCAGCUUCCUUGCCGCAGCAGCGCACUGCUUGUCUCGCAUGAUCUUGAAGAAAGGAGACUGGACUCCUGCGCAUGUCCACUAUUCUGGAUACACAUGGGGUCAGCUGAGAAACCUGGUUACCAUGAUUUUGGAGUGCUGCCACGCCCCGCGAAAGCAUCACCUUGCCGUCUUCGAAAAGUACUCGGACAAGCGAUACAAACGCGCUGCCGAGUAUGUACAGACCGAGAUCACCAAGGGCUUCACCCUUCCGCAUCACCAAUCCACCGGCCGUGCUUCGGCCUUCGACUUUGGUGAGCUUGACGGCAAUGUUGGCCAGCCUCACCAUGCCAAGGCGAUGGUCGAGCUUCAGGGCUAGUAGGACAAUCGUGCUCGACCAACAGCCCCCCCGCAUCGUGCGAGAGGUUUCGCAUCCAUGCACCAACGAGGUGCAUGGAUCGACGCGACACCAAUUUUCUUUUCUUAGCAAUAUUGGUUCCGACACCCGCUGCCACUCGGACAGCUGCUAUUAUACAACAGUUGCAAGCGCGGGUGGGUUAAUGGCCGGCCUCGAGAUGCAACCAUUAGUCAAUGACCGGCAACCCUUUCUCUUGAGCAAUGUUUUUGGACCGCUUUGGCGGUCUGUUGACGACACUAGACGACUUGACGAUACCAUGACUGGUUUUCCCACUCAGCCUUUCAUUUCAUUUCGGUCGACCCUCUUCGGUUCGGGGGUUUAUUCUAUUUUCGUUUUGUUCUUUUUUAUUAGGCCAGCAUUUUCGGCGUUGGAGGACGGUUCCUCUUUAGGGCAUGGCAGGCAGGGCACACCGGCAAGGAACGAGGCUUUCAGGAGCAACAUACCAGAACCGAAACCAAAAGCAAGUGCAAUACGUGGAGGAUUGUGGCAUAGAUGAACAGGCAAGACUAUGAUUACCUGCCUGAAGACGAGGGGUUUAGGACAAGGCACCAAACUUGUGUAUGAGUUAUAAUUCUUCUUUGGCAAAGGGAUUUGCAUUUCCUAUGUACUGUCUACAGUUCAGCUAGAGAGGGCUGGCUGACGAGGCCACGGAGGCGGCGUCACAGCAGUU